UGGGGGCUGCAGUCGCUCCCCAGCUCUCAGGUCACAUGGCCUGCCAGAGCGAGGGGACUCCGCGCCGGAGCUGCGCCGCAGGAGGUGAGGUUUCCGCGCGCACCCGGCUGCGCCCGCUCUUCCGAGGCCUCAGGGUCCGGCGAUGGCUCCUCCAUGGGCAUGGGCCAGAUAGACGAGGCGACACCAGCAGCGGCCUUCAGCGUGCGCAGGGGACGGAGCUGACCGCCCCCACCGGGUAGGUUUCCGCUGCGCACGAUCUGCUCAGCCCCCUUGGCAUCAUGACUGGAGCGCCCACCCCGGAGACGUCUCCAGAGCGAGGGAAAAAGAAUUAGGGUUGCUGCAGCUGGCACGCGGAGAGCAAUUGCAGGGUCUGGCGCAGCCUGGGAGGGCCUGCGACCCCGGCGGUGUUCUCUGGGCGGGCGGGCUUCGCUGCGGCCCCGCUCGUGGCGGUGGCUGCUUCCUGCCGGAGGACUGCGGGGACCCCAAAAGGGCGGCCCCCGCGCGGCCAGGGCCGGGAUCUGCGCAGGGAUGACAGUGUUGCAGCGAGCUUGCCUCCCUACCCCUUGUCCGCUUCCGUGGCGCCGCGAGGCCGACAGAAAGGCUGGAGCCGGGCGUGUGCGAGUCCAGGUUUGCCUUGCACUGAUUUUGGCCUGAGAUCCAGGAUGGUUUGUUCUUGGGACCAGACCUGACCAGAAGUCGACCUCAUGAGCACUUCAAGCUCUCUAGCUGCCAUGCUCCUCCGGAGGCUGAGGCGGCUCUCCUGGGGCAGCACUGCUGUCCAGCUCUUCAUCUUAACAGUGGUGACCUUUGGUCUGCUGGCCCCCCUGGCCUGUCACCGGCUUCUGCAUUCUUACUUCUACCUGCGCCACUGGCAUCUGAACCAAAUGAGCCAAGAGUUCCUGCAGCAAAGCUUGAAAGAGGGUGAAGCUGCCCUCCACUACUUUGAGGAGCUGCCCUCUGCCAAUGGCUCGGUGCCCAUUGUCUGGCAGGCCACUCCCCGCCCCUGGCUGGUCAUCACCAUCAUCACUGUGGACAGGCAACCUGGCUUCCACUACGUCCUGCAGGUGGUGUCCCAGUUCCACCGGCUCCUUCAACAAUGCGGCCCCCAGUGUGAGGGGCACCAACUCUUCCUGUGCAACGUGGAGCGGAGUGUGAGCCAUUUCGAUGCCAAGCUGCUGUCCAAGUACGUUCCUGUGGCCAACCGCUAUGAGGGCACUGAAGAUGACUACGGCGACGACCCUUCGACCAACUCGUUUGAGAAAGAGAAGCAGGACUACGUCUAUUGCCUGGAAUCCUCCCUGCAGACCUACAACCCAGACUACGUCCUGAUGGUGGAAGACGACGCCGUUCCAGAAGAGCAGAUCUUCCCAGUCUUGGAGCACCUUCUGCGGGCUCGUUUCUCCGAGCCGCACCUCAGAGAUGCCCUUUAUCUAAAGCUCUAUCACCCCGAGAGGCUCCAGCACUACAUCAACCCAGAGCCCAUGAGGAUCCUGGAGUGGGUCGGUGUCGGCAUGUUGCUGGGGCCCUUACUAACCUGGAUAUACAUGCGGUUUGCCAGCCGGCCGGGGUUUAGCUGGCCCGUCAUGCUCUUCUUCUCCCUGUAUAGCAUGGGGCUGGUGGAGCUGGUGGGCCGGCACUAUUUCCUGGAGCUGCGGCGGCUGAGUCCUUCCCUGUACAAUGUGGUCCCUGCUUCACAGUGUUGCACCCCGGCCAUGCUCUUCCCUGCCCCGGCGGCCCGGCGGACCCUCACUUACCUGUCCCAGGUGUACUGCCACAAGGGCUUCGGCAAGGACAUGGCACUGUACUCACUGUUGAGGGCCAAGGGGGAGCGGGCCUAUGUGGUGGAGCCCAAUCUCGUGAAACACAUCGGGCUCUUCUCCAGCCUUCGGUACAACUUUCACCCAAGUCUGCUCUAGCCUGCCAAGAAAUGCCUUUCUGAAGUUGGCCACUUCUUGGAGAUUCAACUAUUGAGCUCUUUAUUUGGACAUGGUUGCUUGCCGAUAUUUCAUUGUUUUAGGGUUGCUAGGGAUAUAGACACUGGGAUGGCUGAGGAACAUACAAGUCCAGAACCUUGGCUUUGGUAACUCUCUGGCAGGAGCAAGCUGUUCACCGUGGGUCCAGACCUCUCGCCCUCCACACAACCACACUGCCUCAUGCAGUCUGACCCACCCAAAGAAGGGCAUUUAAACACCACUUAUAUUCUCCAGUUGUUUUUCACUCUGCUUCACGACAGAGUUUGUGACUGCCAAAAAUAUUGUACACAGUGAUAUGACCAGUUUAGGAUUUUAAGCGUAGAAUUUGGUGAAAGGUGAGAUUCUUUUGCAAUGAUUUCUUUCUCAUUGGGAAUAAGAAUGGAUGUAUGUUUAGAAUAUAUGUCCCAAGAGGCAGGACCACGUUGAUAGAUUCUAUUUGUUUCCUUGACCUGGAGUAAUAAAAGCCGCGCAGGGCCCGGCAUCUUGGAGGCAGGUGACCCGGCUUUUGUUACCUGGCGUUUUCUUUUCCACACAUCUGUAGUGCACUGAUAAUCAAUGUUGUCUGUGAGAACUUUAAGGCACAGCAAGAUCUGAAAUCACCUUCUGGAUCCUCAAAGUCAGAUUGCUUAUGUUUAGUAGUGAUUUAAUAUUGAAGAUUUCUAUCAUAAUCUGAUUCUUUGAAAGUUGGACAUUGCAGAAUGAUAUAGAAUGGGUGAGCUUUUUACUAAUAGCAUAUCCUUUUCCCUAACUUCGCUGGCUAAUCAUUCACCUUCACUUCUUUUUCUUCUAUGUAGCAUGAUGUUAUAGAAGAAAAAGCAUGGACUGAAGUCAGAAGACCUGAAUUUUUAUUUCAGAUCUCUGUUAGAUCCCAGUGGUGUGAACUUGGGCAAGUCAUAAGCACUCUGCAUCUCAGGUUUGUCACCUGUAAAAUGGGGACAGUGAUAUCUACUUUUUUACGUUGCCUUGAGGAUUAAAUGACAAAAUGUAUGUAGAACACUAGCAAGUGCUUAUCUCACAGAGGGCACUUGGUGAAUAUUAGUUCUUCUCUCUCCUAUAAUAAGCAUAUGAAACUCAAGUGUAUUUUGGAUAAAGGUAUUAAUGAUGUUAUUUAAAGUAUGAUAUGGGGCAUAGGGCUGACACCUAUGGAGCAGUUGUUCCAGACCAAACACUGCUAGGAUAAAGGCUGACUUUUCCUUGUGACUUCGGAAGGAUAUGCAGCUCAAGAUAAGAAUUGUUCAUUCAACUGGCAGUGACCUGAGACUCCUCUUGAGCUUAUUCCAAGACUAGCAUCUGAAAACUACUCUUCUCAAAAGUUACAAGUAAAUUUCAUUUGACAAUACUUACCACACCAGUGGCCAACUGUCCCUUUGUGGGGAUGGAUGAUUAUAUUAGAGUGCAAGCAGCUGUCCAGUUUGUUUCAGUGCCACAUCUUCCCUUUGCUUUUAAGUUUCCACAGUGAGCUAACAUCUUGGGAUCUGCUCGAGAACACUGAGAGAGUAACAGGGGUUCAUCACCACACUUUAUAGAUGAACAAACAGGCCCCGAAAUAUUAAAGGAUUUCUUCAGGUUCACACAGCUGAACAGCAACAGAGAGGACUGGAAUGUAGUAGAUUUUCUGACUUCCAGCCCCUGUACUUUUUUCUUAACUGCAUUCAUUUUAUAAAUAUCUAUGUAGUCAAAUUCUCUUUUGUGAAAUCUGAUUGUAACCUGGACUAAAUAAUGUCUCUGUAAGCUAAGGUGGUAAAACCUCACUGUGGUGUUGGUCUUGGGGAACAAACAGGUAUCAAUAUGUGUUGUGUUAUUAUAGUGAGCUGUUAUGUAUCCCCCAGGAAUGUACAAAGUGACUAGAGCUACUGGAUUACUUAUUGAGAUUCUCAGAUUCCACCCCUUCAUCUCUCCUCGCCCAGUAACUGGUUCAGCCCCAUGUUUGAGAAGAGAACCACCCUCAACCUAGAGUUCAUUUGAGUUUGUUGCAUUAGUGAUUGGAUCUCCUCAUGAAAAUUUGUGUCCAAUGACAAAACAUGUAAGCUGGCCAAGCCCUAGAUCAGAAUCAUUGCUGGUUUCCAUUUCUGCUCUUUCUAAUUCAGUUGUCUACCACACGCAGACAUUCCUUCCCCUGACUCCUUCAUUCUCGAUGGCUAAAGUCAUCUUUGCCUUGUCUUAUUUCUCUACCCACACACUAAGACAUCUUCCCCCAUUGAUCUUAACUAGAAUCUGCCAUCCUUGGACAUUUUCUGCAGAAGCAAACAUGCUACCCACUUUUAUCCCUACCCACUUUCUAGAUCACCCUUCCUUUUGUCUCUCAUUCCUAGAGUCCAAAUUGUGUGUGUUGUCCUGGAUUAGGACAGCUGACAGCUGUCUCUCAUUUAAUUAAAGCUGAAGUCUCUCAUUUAAUCCUAAGCAGAGGGCUAGGGGAGAACUGAAGUCCCCUUCCAAUAUCAAGGGACAUAGUUUACCAGGAGGGUAAAGGCCUCUAACAGUCCUGCAUACUUUUCAGAAGUUAAAUUAUUGUCAGGCCUAAGAAGCCCUAUUGUGACUGACUGUAUUUGCAUAGACUUAUCAGUUCAAAUAAAUGCACCCGUUUCACCAAGUCAUCCUGAGAAAACUGGUCGUUCUCUUGUUUCUACAGAUGAGUUUUUCUGAUGUGGUGAAUAGUAUCGAACACACACACACACUCACGCUAUUGUGGGGUGUGAGCCAUUCAAAAGUAUGGGCUGUUUGCUUAAAAAUUCGUAAGUGAAUCUUGUAUUUCUUAAAUGGAAGCAUUUGAAUUGUGCUUUCUUUUUUUUACAAAAAAAGUGGUGAGAAUACUAUAGUGCAACUGGAGAAUACAAGUAGGAUGAAUAUAAUGAUAGGAUUAAUUUAUUUUACCUUGGAUACAGUCCUCAUUUGGGGGAAUUUAUUUAAUUGGUAACUUAAUUUAGGUAAAGAGGCAUUCUCUUUGGAUUUGAUUACUGUGGGAUUUUUAUAUACACUAUGAUGCAUUGUGAAUUACUGUAACACAAUAUAAAAUUGGGUAAUUUUAAGUCACAUGAUCCAUUUGGAUAUUUUUAUCCCAGCUACAAUGAGUUUGCUGAGAAAUGCUCAUUAACUGGCACUGUUUUUUUUAGGUUGGAUUUUGUUUGGAAAAAAACCCUGGAACUACAUCAAAGAUGAUUGGAAAUGUAAUUUUAAAGUACUUAAUAUAACUGCAGUGGAGAUGUGCUGUGGCUUCCAGGUCAUUACAGUGCUUGGAUUACAACAUUGUUGUGAGUCAUCACUCUGCAAUGAAUGGGGAUCUGGGGGUUAAAAUUUAACAAAUUUUCUUGAUCUUUUCCCUAACAACCUACGCAGAAACAUGGAUGAGUGAUUUAAAAAAAAAAAAAGCAUCUAUGUUAAUAAUUUGGGGGUAAAAACAGAUGAAAAUAUAAAGGCAAAUGAUGAAUUUAUCAAAAAGAAACAAGGACCAGAUGGCAUAAGUAUGUAGGAAUGGAUAGCUCAGAGAGAUGGGGGAAGUAGACAAAGAUGUAGAGUGAAGCAGAGAGUCUCACAUUUGUCACCUUUUGUGUGUCCCAAACUCCCGUAUGUAAUAAAUCCUUUAUGUCUGCCCCACUGUCAUGAAAUCUUUAUAGGACCAGCCUAUGGAGAAUACAAAGGAAUGAAACAAUGGAUCGUCAGUGUUCUGGAUAAAUAAUUCAUCCCUUUGCUAGGACCUGGCUUCCUAUUGCAUUUAGAAUAAAAUACAAACCUCUACAUUACCUCCCAGGCCAGAUGUGACCUGCCCCUGCAAAACUUCAUUUCUUAACCACUUCCAUCCUUUUUCUCCAAGCUCUAGCCACACCUGCUGUCUUUAACUUCCUCAGACUUGUUACAGCAGUUCUUACUACAAAAGGAAUUUUCACUGCUAUUCUCUCUGUCUGGAAUGCUUUUCUCUUAGCUGAAUCUUUCCUGUAAUAUAGGUAUCAAUUAAAUUUUAAUUCCUCUUCCCCCAACAGACUUUCCGUCCCAUCUAAAGCAGUCUUUCCCCUUCCCAACCACCAGGUCAUCUAUCACGUUAUGCAGUUUGAUUCCCUUCAAAGCUCUUAUUACCUGAAAUGUAUUAUUUUUGUUUUUUUCCUCUAUUCUACACCUCCCCAGAAUAUAAGUUCCAGAAUAUCAGGGGUCUUCUAGGCUUCAUUCACUGCUCUAUCCCUAGAACCUAGAACAAUACCUGAGACAUAGUAGGAAAUGAAUGAGAGAGAGAGAUGGUGGUAGUAGAGGGAGAAAGAAAGGAAGAAAGGAAGGGAGAAAAAGAACAAAGGGAUCCACAGUGGAACUGCCUCCAGAAAAAAAGACUACUGGAAGAAAAGAAAUGGGACUAGGGAAGAAAAUUAGAAAGAGAGGAACAAAGAGGGAUCCAGGUAGUGAGGGCUGGUUAUGAUGUACAAUUUUGACACCUGUAAAAAGAAGUUUUUUAUGUGUUUUCCAGGCAAAGGGAGUGACAAAUGCAAAAAGGAACUUUUUACACCACCACACAGCUACUUUUUUCUCUGUUGUUAUUAGGGUUUUGU